CGCGGAGGAGCGGACACGCGUGCUGCCGCAGAGGUCACACAAACAUGAGCACUAAAGCUCUAUAACGGAACAUUUACGCACUUCACGACCGGGAUUUCACUUCAGUUUUUAACCGUACCGCUUUUCCCGAACCCGGACCUCGGACUGCGGCGCGUUUGGAGGAGUGACUUUGCGGAAAUCCGAUUGAAAUCUCCACAUUUCGUGAUCGGGAGCUAGCGGUUAGCGUUAGCAUUAGCUUGGCGCCGGCUCCUCGCGUCUUUGGUUUUGUUGGAUUUUUUGUGUUUUUUUGUGUUUUUGGUGAUGGAUAACAGCUCUGCGGGCGCGGGGGCUAAGGGCGGCCUGGGGGGGCUGUUCAGCGGCGGAUCCCCGGACUAUUCAAACACGGAGCUGUCCGGAGUCCCGCUGACGGGGAUGAGUCCUCUCUCUCCGUACCUGAACGUCGACCCUCGGUACCUGGUCCAGGACACAGAUGAGUUCAUUUUACCGACCGGAGCGAAUAAAACCCGAGGGAGGUUCGAGUUGGCCUUUUUCACCAUCGGAGGCUCCUGUAUGACCGGAGCUGCUCUGGGGGCAGUGAACGGCUUCAGACUGGGCCUGAAGGAAACCAGAGACAUGGCCUGGUCCAAACCCAGAAACGUGCAGAUCCUGAACAUGGUGACGAGGCAGGGGGCGUCCUGGGCAAACUCUCUGGGCUCUGUGGCUCUGUUGUACAGCGCGUUCGGAGUGGCCAUAGAAAAAGUGCGAGGAGCAGAAGACGACAUCAACACGAUCGCGGCUGGAACCAUGACCGGGAUCCUGUUCAAAUCUGCCAGUGGUCUGAGGGGAGCGGCGCGCGGCGGGCUCGUGGGGCUCGCUCUGUCCGGGGCCUACGCGCUUUACAACAACUGGGACCAUCUGACGGGCUCCUCUGCCCCGUCCCGGCUCUACUGACCCGACCGGGACUUCUGCACAUGGACACUUACACCUGCUCGAAGGGGCGGGGCCACAGACACACCUGCUCGAAGGGGCGGGGCCACAGACACACCCGCUCGAAGGGGCGGGGCCAGAUACAUACACCUGCUCGAAGGGGCGGGGCCACAGA